AUGGAUCUGACCACGCUGCCGGACGAGAUCCUGACUCAGGUUCUCCUGUGGCUCGACGCCCGGCAGCUCGCGGCGUCGGCGCUCAGCGCCCGCUUCAUGGCACAACGCGUCCGCGCCGCGGCAGAGGCGCGAAUGGAGAGGCUUGGCUCGGCAUGGCCCACGCUUCUGGAAGGGGAGAUCCCAAGCUGGUCCUUGCGAAUCGUGGAGACGCUCGGGCGGCGCGGCACGAUGUGUAGGUACCUCAUCGACGGGCCGGUGCUGCUGCUGCAUCACCGCCCAUCAAGCACAACGCUGCACCUCGCGGCGUGGGGGCACGCUCUCCAAGCUUGUGUGACGAUCGGGCGCCAAGGGGCUGUCCACUCUGCUUUGUUUGCGAUCGAAGACGUCCUGGCCCCUCCGGCGCUGUACAGCUUCCAGCUGGCGGCGGAGGACAAGAGAGCCAAGCAUGAGCGCGCCGCCGCGGGCUCGCCGCUCGAGCUGCUAGUGCGCAAGACGGCUAUCGACAGCGAGGCUGCGCGUCGCAUUGGGUGGACCGUGCGAGGCGACGGGGUUGUCGUCCUUGAGACGAUAAAGUGCGGCAUCUUCGGCGGCGCUGAUUCAGUCGGUGAGGCGGCCGAGGGCAGUGAGGCGUGCACGAGGGCCCUCGGCGAGGUGGCCGAGGAUGGCUUCCGCCUCACUGCGGGUGGGCCGCCGCUUCAAGAUCUCCGGACGAGCCCAGGGAAGCUCACGACCUUUCAUGGCAACUUUCAUGGGGGCGCUUUCGCCACGAUGACGACCACAUUACCGCCGUUCCCUGUCGCCUUCCCCAUCUCCGCGACCGGUGAGCAACUCGCCGACGGUGGUGGCGCGGAUGCGGUGGUGCCGCUGCCGCCGGGCGGAGUCGCUACCGCGACCGGGGUGGUGACGAGCUCGGUCGCUUCCGACCGGCUCGAUGAGGCCUCUCUCCGCUCGUGGGCCGCCGCGCUCUACCUGAUGGAGGGCGGAGAGGAGACGCCGCCUCGCGCCGAGCGUCAGGUCGCCGUCUCGCGCUACAAGGUGACGCACACCGACGCCACUCUGCUCUCGUACGUCGGCAACCUCCGCGUGCUGCGGCAACGACUCGGAGCGCAGUGGGCAGGCUGCCAGCUGUCGCUCCGCGACCGCGAGCUGCGCACUGUCUUCGGGUCGUCGACGCCGGCCGGCGGCGACGGCAUCCGCCGGGCUGCCGUCCCCGACGGAGCCGCUGACGGCGACGGGCACACACAUAUCGGCGGCUUUGAAGUGUGCGACGAGGCCAUCGACCGCGUGCUCGGCGACGCCUCCGCCCACUCCAACCCGCGCGUGCGCGAGGCGGGCGUCGCCUUUGAGGCCGGCGAGCAGCUGCACCGCGUCCGGCGCUGCCACGUCUGCGACACGUGCCGUCCGAUGUUAAUGUGCACUCCGGCCGUGGAGCCGCCGCUCCGGCCGGAAGGCACGCCGCCCGUUUCGCUCAGCGUGUGGCGCGCGUCGCCUGAUGAGCUGGCUUGGCGCCACCUCCGUCGCCUGCUCUACGUGUGCACCGACUGCCGGAAGCACCGGCGCCGCGAGUCGCGCGGCCGCUGCCAGCUCUUCUCGGGUGUGCGCACCGUCCUGCCGGACGACCUCGGGCCGCCCGCAGACGCUAUGCGGCACAACGACAUGCACCUCCGCGUCGCCCCGUCAUGGCUCAAGUGCCUGUCGCAGGUCGAGAGCAUGCUGAUCGCGCGGAUCAUCCCCGUCGACUUCUCUGUCGCCGUCUCGCAUCUCGUCUUUGCGCGGGAUGGGCGGCUUGGCGCCGUGCUCAAGAUCCACCUCACUAAUCUUCUGAUGCGGCUCAAGGCGUCGCAGCAGGCCGGCUACUGCGUCUCACAGCAGCUGGCGGAGGCACACCGUACGGUGCCCGAGCUUGUGCAGGCCCUCGAGGCGGGGGACGAGUCUGUCCCCCGCAAGAUCCUCUCGAUCGGCGCGAACCUCAAAAAUUCGCCAAUGUACUGGCGCGGAGAACACACCAAGCUCCGCGCGCUGCAGCAGUUCCGUCGGGCGGCGCACGGCGACGUGCCGACUUACUUUCAGACCAACUCGAUGGCGGAGUUCCACUGGCCGCAGAUGCGCGCCCUCCUCGAGGAGUACGACGCGCGGCUGAAGAUGGCGAGCGCGCACACCGAGCGCAAGUAUGCACACCUCAAGAGCUUGGCGGCCUUUGUCCGCCAGCUCAAGGCGUGGGACGAGGCGUGCGCCGACGGCCGCUCGUCGUGCUGGUUCGAGACGGAGGGCGACCUCCCGCGGCUGGCCGGGGAGGCGCUGCUGGCCGAGGCGGCCGCGACGGGCGCGAGGCGGAUCGCCUUUGACGCCGUCGCGGCGCGUCUCGAGGCGACCGCGGCGCCGCCGCCGCCUCUCGGCACCGCCUUGGCCGCGUGGCCCACGGGGUGGGGCAUCGAGGAGGCGACGGGCAACUUCUGCGGGCUGGCGCACUGGGCUGUGGAGGUGUGGCACGCGGCCGGGUCGGUCGACGCGAGCCGGUGGCAGGUCGAGGCUGACGGAGGGCGCCUCUUCUUUGUGCGGGUCGCGGGAAAGGCCGCAUAA